AUGCCAACUAAAUUGGAACCUUUUUAUUUAUCUGUUGUAACAUUGUAUAUAAAAGGGACAACACAAUUUAUGGUAUUUAGAAAAAUUAGUAAAAAUGUAGGAGAAGCUCUUAAAAUGCUUCACAUCAAUCCAUAUGGUGUUGUUUCACAAAUGCCUGUUUUUUUGAUUUUUUUCCCUCAUAUUAACACGCUUUAUUAUAAUAUAUCAAAUGCUCAAAUUGAAUUAACAAAACAACAACUACAGCAAAUCACGUGGAUCGACUUAUCUUUUUCUGUGUGUCAUUUAGCCGAUAUCAACGAACAAAUUGCACACAAAGUGAUUUCCCUUAGAUUUUCAGCAAAGGAGUCCCUUUGUCAGUAUUUAGAGAACUUCCCAAACCUUCAGAAGUUAUUUGUUGUAAAUGCCGAGCACAUUAAUUCAAUGAAAAUGGAAUACUUUAAGUCACUCAAAGUCCUCAAAACGUUAGUUCUGUAUAUCGACUAUUAUGGUUCAUAUACAAACGAUACAGAAGAGAUGUUAAAUAGUUUAGAGAAGUUAUUACAAAUGAAUGGAUAUUUAACUAUUAAUAUAGUAUCCAAGUCUACUAAAUAUCAAAAUAGAGUCUCUAAUAUUAACUUUUACUGUUUUCCUGAACUUUUUAAACCACGAAAACAAGUUAUUGAUAUAAAAGAACCUUUUAUAGUAAAUAAUGAUAAAAUAAACACAACAAAUAUUGAAGAAAUUGUUCAAAACGGGGAAUUCAGUUUAGUGAGAGACUUAGAAGUGACGUGUCAGUCGUUUGAUGGUAUAAAUUUUGAAAUUUCAAAAACUUAUUUAAAAACUCUAAAAAUAAAUAUCAAAAACAUUGAAAAACAACUUUUUGUAUCAACUCCAUUUACUUUGGAGGAAAUCACUGUUAUAGCACCAAACCAAAGCAUUUGCAUUCAAAUGGAAAACCUUCAAAUUUCAUUUACAAUGUGCGAAUUUAACUGUAACAUCGCCUUUUGCGACAGAAGACGAAUAAUAGAGAAAACGCAAUUUUUCAAUAUGAAAAACACCAAAAGUCUUAAAUUGAAGUCACAAAAAUAUUUGUAUGAAUUUAGUAGUGAAAUGGCACAACUAAAAGUAUUCGACAUUUGUUGCCCUUUUAAACAACUUGACUUUUCGUCACGUUCGUUUUAUGAAUGCGACACAUUUAAAUUGCAACAGUUUGUUGUGAAAGACGUCGGGUGUUGCCAAAAGCUGAUAUUAAAAAACAGUGACACUGACGUUCUUUAUUAUUCAAAUUCAGCAGUUGAUGUUAUUGGACAAUGUUACCACCUUAGACUUGUUGGUAAAAUUGGGAAUAUUUCUGAUUACAACAACGACCGGUUUGAUAUUGAAAAUGUCGAGAGCCGCACUGAGUUUGUUGUGAAAAACUUUGGGAGAAAAAAGUUUUUAAUUACAGAAAAGGUGGUGAUCAAAAAGGAAUCAGACAUUUUUUUAGUCGUUUUUAAUAUCAAUGAAUUUAAUAGAAUUAAUACAGAUAAAGAGUUACUGACGUUUUUAAAGAACGAAAUGUUGUGUGGAAAACUUUAUGAGACGAAAACGUGUGAAAAUGUUUUAUACCCAAACAGUGAAAAAAACAUUGAAAAGGGUCAAGUCGAAUUUUAUAGUAAUUUCAUUUCUAAAAUUAAAGAAGAUGAAAUUGUUGUGUUUGUGAGAAAUUACAAAUCGAAUAAUUAA